AUGGCGGCUACGCGUUCGGCCUCCACGAAGAUCGACUGGGCCAAUCUGGGCUCCAAGCUCGGCCUCAGAGGCAGCACUGCGCAAUCCCUUGCCGCAUUCAAGCAGCGCAACGAUAUUGCCCGUCGCAAGGUCCAAGUCCUCUCCGACCAGCCACAGACUGUCGACUUUGCCCAGUACCGCAGCCUCUUGAAGAACCAGGACAUCGUCAACGACCUCGAGAAGCAGUUCACCUCCUUCCAGCCCAAGAAGUAUGACGUGCAAAGACAAGUGAAGGCCAUUGAGGCAUUCGAGGCGCAGGCCAUCAAGAGCGCCGAGGAGACCAAGGGCAAAGUUGAUGCUGAGCUGGAGGAUCUGGAGAAGACUUUGAAGAACAUCGAGUCUGCUCGUCCAUUUGAGGACCUCACCGUGGAUGAAGUCGUCGCUGCGCGUCCAGACAUCGACAAGCGCGUUGAACAGCUCGUAUCCAAGGGCCGCUGGCAAGUACCAGGCUACCAGGAGAAGUUCGGCAACCUCUCUGUGCUAUAA